AGCUCAGUUCGAAUUUCGAAUUUUCAAAUUUGAAUUUGAAACGCGUUGUUUUUUUACAACUUGCCAGUGUUCGGAUUGUCUAUUGAUAUUCGCGUAUUUUUCAAAGCCACCAUGGUCCCCAACACAACCCUCCUGCUCAUCAUCGUGGCUCUAUCGUCUGUAGCGGCCCAGACCUUCCAGUACUCCCGGGGCUGGACCAACGGCAAGCGGGAUGGCCACAAGAGGGAAGAGGUCAGAGACGUGGCCAGCAGCCUUGAGAGGAUCCUGAGCCCGUGCCAGGUUAACAAGUUGAAGUAUGUGCUGGAAGGGAAACCGCUGAGUGAGAGGUUCUUCGGGCCCUGCGACUACUUCGAAGAAGACAUGGACAAUCAGUCGAAGAGGUACAAAGAACGCAGCCAGGACCCCCUGUUCGAUGCCUUCCAGUGAACCAGGAUCUGAAAGAAAAUGUGCCAGUGUUUGAUAUUUACACGUUUUUCGGUUAGAAUAAGACUUUAUUACAAUGGCAGGAUACAAAAGAUAUUUCGUUGAAAUACUACUACGUUUGUCAAAUAAUUUAUAAACUGUAAUUAAAUCCAUAAGUCCAUCAUCAUACCCAAUGGGAAAAAGCUCAUUAACGUUACAAGUUUUUCUUAAAAUAUUUCUCAUGUAAAGUCUACUAAGUAAUUGCAGCAAUACGCUUAA